AUGAAAGACUCCCACCAUAAGGACGAUGUCGAGCAGAUCGAGAACACUGAAAAGGGGGCCCUCCAUCACCAGGAGAUAAUCGACUCUUUCAGUCCAGAUGAGCAGAAGAAGCUCAUCCGGCGGAUUGAUAUUCGCCUGGUUCUCACACUGGGAUGUCUGUAUUGUAUCAGUCUGUUAGAUCGGACGAAUCUUGGGGCUGCUUCUGUUGCAGGGAUGCAAAUAGACUUGAACAUGAACCAAUCCAACAAUGGCUAUAGCAUUGUCUCGUUGGUAUUCUUCAUCACAUACACAAUCUUCCAGAUCCCCGCCACGGUUGUCAUUCGCAAAAUUGGACCCCGACUCUUCCUUUCGAGUAUCGGAGUUCUCUGGGGAGGCGUUAUGAUUGCAUUUGGUUUUGCCCCGAACUGGGAAACUUUGGCCGGCCUGCGAAUAAUCCUCGGCGCCCUAGAGGCUGGAUUAUUCCCCGGUAGCGUCUACCUCCUCAGUACUUGGUAUCCGCGCUAUGAGCUGCAGAAGCGUAAUGCUACCUUCUAUCUGAUUGGAAGCAUGGCUUCGGGCUUUGGCGGUAUCUUAGCCUACGGUUUAAUGCAAAUGGAUGGAAUAGCCGGGAAAGCGGGCUGGCAGUGGAUCUUCAUUAUUGAAGGCCUCCUAACCUGCGUGCUGGGCCUCAUUGCCUACAUCUUUCUAGUCGACUUCCCAGAAAAAGCCCCCAAAUCCUGGAAAUUCAUCAACCAAACCGAGGCCUCUUUUGUCAUUGCCAGAAUUGAAAAUGACAGAGCAGAUGCCACUGUGGAGCCGUUCUCCCUGAAGAGCUAUCUCGCAAACGGCAAAGAUAGCAAGGUCUGGGCAUACGCCGUGUUAUUCAUGCUUAGCACCACGAAUACCUAUGCGAUUGCAUAUUUCCUGCCAAUCAUUCUGGAGAAGAGCAUGGGCUUUUCUGUGGCAAAGGCGCAGUGUCUUGUUGCGCCACCAUAUGCUGCAGCAGCCAUAGUCAUGUUCACUCAGGCAUAUUUCGCAGAUAAAUGGCGCAUACGGGGACCCAUCGUUGCUGCAAACGGACUGGUAGGCAUUGUUGGCCUAGCACUACUAGGGUAUCUUGAGAAUCCAGCACCCCGAUACUUCGGAGCCUUUUUAAUUACUGCUGCCGCAAACGCAAACUGCCCAGCGCUGGUAUCUUGGCAAAGCAACAACAUUCGUGGCCAAUGGAAGCGAGCCUUCACGUCUGCGACACUGAUCGGCGGAGGCAGCAUCGGUGGCAUUAUUGGAACAACGGUAUUCCGUGCCCAGGAUGCACCAGAUUAUGGACCGGGCCUGAUCUGUACUAUGCUGGCCAAUGCUUUGAUCGUCGUGAUCGUGGGCCUGCUGACACUGAAGUUCUAUCGAGCAAACAAGCGGGUCGACGCCGGUGGAAAGCCAAUUGAGGGACAGGUUGGAUUCAAGUAUACAUACUGA